AUGAAUCCAGCGCAUCGCGACGGGUGGCCGCCGACGCAGACAUCGGCGUCAGGAGCCGGGCCACAACAAACAGAGCAAGGCCAGGCCCAGCCGCCGCGGCCACUGGGCUCUUUUGGUCCCGCGAAUGCAACCCAACAGCCUCAGUCCCACACUUCACCGGCCCAAGGCCCCGCGCCUGUGCUCCCUCCUCCUUCAGGAGGGCCCUUCUACCCGUCCAACGGCGCUCCGCAACACAACCAGAGCCUUCCUGGCUUGGCUGGUCUUACUGGACAGCCGCCACAAGUGUCUCCGCACAUGACCACACAGCGUCCACCAUCCUCAGAGUCAGCGCCGACCGCACAAAAUACUCAAGCAGCCCCUCAGGGACCACCCUACUCGUUGCCAGGCCUCUCGCAGACUUUGCAACAGCAACACGGGCCAGCACCCGGCCAGGCAAACGCGGACCGUGAGCGGGAACUCCGCGAGCGCGAGACGAGGGAGCGGGAGAUGAUGGAGUCACAUGCUGCUCAGCAACACGCAGCGCAGCAAGAGGAGAUGAUCAAGCGGGAACUUGACCAGCGGGAACGCGAGCGACAACAGCAGGAGCAGGUGACACACGAGAACCACUCUGCGCCUAUUCAAAUACACCAGCCUGUGGCAGUCGCGCCUUCGACCCGGACAGUCCAUGGUCCAAAUGGACUCUUGGGUCAAUCAGGUCCUUUGGGCGGGCCAGCGACCCCCGCUCAGAACGCUCCAAACAACAUCUUUGGGGGCGCAGCUGUUCAACCUGUUCAGCAAGGCGAUACCACUCCGAGGAUGCAACACGCUGUCCAGCAAGCUCCGCCGCAGCCCUCAAUGCUCAUGCCUUUUACUGGCCCGCCAGGUGCCGCUGCAGCAAUGGCGAUGGGUCAAGGACAGCAGCCUAUUCUGAACGAUGCCCUAAGUUACCUUGACCAAGUUAAGGUCCAAUUUGCGGACCACCCCGAUGUGUACAAUAGGUUCUUGGAUAUCAUGAAGGACUUCAAGAGCGGUGCGAUUGACACUCCAGGUGUAAUCGAGCGUGUGUCGACGCUCUUUGCCGGCAACCCAAAUCUUAUCCAGGGGUUCAACACAUUUUUGCCUCCUGGCUACAAGAUUGAAUGCGGUACUAAUGGCGAUCCCAAUGCUAUUCGUGUUACUACACCAAUGGGUACGAUGGUUUCGACCAUGCCCGCUCCGCGCCCGCUCUCUCCACCUCGAAACGCAGCUGUGAACGGUAAUGCACCGCCUGCCGAUUCUACCUUCUACGAAGGUCAAGGACGAUGGGCGCAGAAUAUUCGAGACUUACGUCCUCCCCAAGCUGCAGAGGCGCAGGAUCCUGCAUUCUCUCCCAACACUCGUAAUUUGGGACAGGCGCUCUUUGGGCCGCAACAAGGCCAAGCUGGACCGGCGCCCCACUCUCCAGAGGCUACGGCUCGUCCUCAUCCAGAUGUCGCUGCUACGGCUGCCACCCUCGUGCAUCAGCAGGAGCAACGUGGUGUGUCCCAGUUGCAAAAUGCUGUCUCCGCGGCUGCUGGACGUUCGAUCCUAUCCCCCAGCGGCGACAUAUCGACGCCAUUGGCGGGGCAGACGCUGAAUGGUGUCGCUCAGGUCGCCCAAGGAGGUGUUGGCGCUGAGAAGCGUGGCCCGGUCGAAUUCAAUCACGCUAUUAGCUAUGUGAACAAGAUCAAGAAUCGAUUUGCGUCUCAGCCGGACAUUUACAAACAGUUCCUCGAGAUCCUCCAAACAUACCAGCGCGAGUCGAAGCCAAUCCAGGAUGUCUAUGCGCAGGUGACUAAUCUCUUCGGUGCCGCACCGGAUCUGCUAGAAGAUUUCAAGCAAUUUCUGCCCGAAUCAGCUGCUCAACAUCGAGCUCAGCAAGCCGCGCGCCACAACGAGGAAGCUGCCCUGCUGAGCAAUUCGCGGGGAGAUGCAGCGUACGGUCAAGCACCAAAUCAUCAGCAAACUCCUCGCGCAGAUACUUCGCGUUUGCCACCCAUGGGUAAUUUUGCACCCACUCCCACAGCAAACCGCGACAACAAGAGAAAGCGUGGUGAACGCCAGGGUGCUGGUGCCGCCACGGCAGCUGCGCCCACGCCUAUGGCACAAGACGUUCAGCAAUCCGGCAUGCGUAGUACAUAUGGGCAAGGGAACGCUAAUAAGCGUACCAAAACAGGUCAUGCCAAGCAACCUGUUGUCGUGGAUGCUACGCCAUUGUCCCCUACACUGAUUCCAGCACCGCCGGCGCCAAUGCCUCCGACUACGACCUCGAAUCCGUCCCAGGAAGACUUGGCCUUCUUCGAUCGAGUCAAGAAAUUCAUUGGCAACAAGAACACUAUGAAUGAGUUUCUGAAGCUCUGCAACCUUUUCUCUCAGGAUUUGAUCGACAAGAACUUGCUUUUAUACCGCGCUCAGUCUUUCAUUGGUGGCAAUCAAGAGCUUUAUGCAUGGUUCAAGAAAUUCCUUGGCGAGGAGGAUGAGCAAUCAUCGACGCACCCGAGAACUGUGAACUCUCGCGUAUCGCUGUCCAAUUGCCGCAGCUUCGGUCCAAGCUACCGAUUGCUACCUAAGCGGGAGCGUGAGCGGCUUUGCAGUGGCCGCGAUGAGCUUUGUCGGUCCGUCUUGAACGACGAGUGGGCAUCGCACCCCACCUGGGCGUCUGAAGACUCCGGUUUCGUUGCUCAUCGCAAGAACCAAUUCGAAGAAGGACUUCAUAGGAUCGAAGAGGAACGUCACGACUACGACACAAAUAUCGAGGCGUGCAGUCGAACAAUUCAACAACUUGAGCCGAUCGCAGGCCAGCUUCUUACGAUGAAGCCCGAAGAUCGAGCCAAUUUCGUCCUUCCUUCUGGUCUUGGUGGUCAGAGCGAGACCAUCUAUAAGAAAGUUAUUAUGAAGAUCUACGGCCGCGAGCGAGGCGCCGAGGUCAUUCGUGAGCUCUUCCAAAUGCCCUGGAGCGUUGUCCCGGUUCUCCUUCAUAGGCUGAAAGCAAAACUCGAGGACUGGAAGGCAGCUCAGCGCGAGUGGGAAAAGGUUUGGCGAGAUCAGACGCAGAAGAUCUUCUGGAAGUCACUCGACCAUCAGAGCCUGACUGUCAAAGCAAACGACAAGCGUCAGUUCCAGCCAAAGACAUUGCAGAACGAGAUUCAAGUCCGAUACGAGGAACAAAAACGCCUUCAAGAAAUCCAAGAAAUCUCUCAACCUGAUUAUCAGUUCAAGUUCUCCUUCCCGGAUGAAGACGUGCUGUACGACGUCGCACACCUCAUCUUGACUUUCGCGGAAAACCUCCCCGGUGACUAUUCAAAGGUUACUCCCUUCAUCAAAGAGUUUGUGCCAUUGUUCUUCGGCAUCGACAGCGCGAAGUUUGAGCAACAUGUUCAGGUUUUCGCACGUGAGUCUUCCACCAACGGGUCGGGUGAGGACACGCCCAGCGCCGACGAAGAUGUUUCCCAGCGCGCACAGAAACACAAGAAGGGCGACUUGCGCCGCGAUGUACUUGACCCUCGUGGCAAGUCACGCAAAGACAAAGAGGACAGCACUGCGUCUGUUAGUCGUGACAGCUCCCCUGGCGUGACAUCUGCGGGAGAGGAGGAUGCGGCCGCGCAGAGCUCAAACUCGACGAGUCGAGACGAGCGGCCCUCCAUAACGUGGGUUUCCCAUACUACUGAGCAACUCGGCAACCGAGACCCUGAUCCUGAGGAACCUUACCGCCGUAGCGAGUACAAUAUGUAUGCGAAUUCGUCGAUAUACAACUUCUUCCGCAUGUUCGUCUUCCUCUACGAACGACUCUUGAAGCUCAAGGAGAGGGAGGAUGAAGUACGCAGGAUCGUUGCUCGCGCCCAGAUACCCAAGCCGGCGCACGAACUCAAAAUGGUUGACAAGAUGCCGUCAGACUUCUUCAAGGAUACUUCCGAAGGCGCCAAUUAUUAUCAGCAAGUGCUCGAAAUGCUUCAAGACCAGAUCGGCGGGGAAGUCGAUAUGGGCCAGAUUGAAGAGACGCUUCGCCGAUACUAUCUGCAAGUCGGAUGGCAGCUGUAUUCCUUUGAUAGGUUGCUCGGUUCACUCGUUAGAGCAUGCGGCAAUGUCGUCAACAACGACAGCAAAGACAAGAGCCUUGAUAUCUACAAUCUGUUUAGAAAAGAUCGGGUCAACGAUACGACUACUCAUAGCGCGGAGAUCACCUACAGGAAGCAGGUAGAAAAGUACACCAAGGACGCUGACACUUAUCGCAUUGCCUUUGACCCAAGUAAAAUGGAGGCAUACGUGCGACUUUUCAAAAAGGACGAUCCUACGUUCGAGUUCAACCAGCUUGACAAAGUCCGGCGCUGGCGAGCUUAUGUCGCAUCCUACAUGGCUGUCGAGCCAACCGAGACUCUCGAAUUCAACAAGCUUCGGCAUCCAUACCUGAGCAAGCGCCUAGCGAAAAUUGAGGAUGUGAACGAGGACGACCGCUUCGAUGCCCUUAAGUCGGAAGAUAAGAUCACCGUCUCGAUCAUUCCGGAGACGUACACGAUGAAGUUCAUCGCAAGCGAGCCGCUCGGGACUGGAGGCGUCCAAUACUUCGUCCAACCCGAAGAGACUCGUUCCGGUGUUGGUACAAAGGAGGACUACGAGGCGCUCGUUGAAUCUCACAAGGAGCGCGCCCAGGAGUUCUUUGUGCGGAACAAUGAGUGGAUGAAGAACCUUGACCGUGAUGAGGUCGACAAGAACAAGGCCAAGUUCAGGAAGGAUCUAGAUGAGCCUCAGAAGGCGGAGGACGUGGAGAUGGCCGAUUCGUAG